AUGUCGCUGACCGGAAAAGUUGCCAUUGUCACUGGAGGAGCCAGGGGUAUCGGAGCAGGAAUUGUUCGCAGCCUGAGCAAGGAGGGCGCAAAGAUCGCCUUCAACUAUGUAUCUCCCUCCUCUCGAGACGCAGCGGAUAACCUAGUCCAGGAGCUGCAGAAUGACGGCAAAGAAGCUGUUGCCAUCAAGGCCGACAUGACCGACAUGGCAGCCCCGAAUGCAAUCAUCCAAGCGACUUUGGCUGCCUUCAAGACCGAUCAAAUCGAUAUCCUAGUAAACAAUGCUGGAGCUGGAGAUAACAGACCCUUGGAGGAGGUUACUCUAGAAGGAUACAAUCAGUUGAUGGACGUCAACGUCCGGGCUGUCGUCUUCAUGACGCAGGCAAUCCUGCCAUAUAUCCCUCGCGGAGGACGCAUUGUGAAUCUAUCAUCCAUCUCUGCCCGGGGAGGAUACGCCACACAGUCUGUCUACGCAGCCACCAAAGCCGCCGUCGAGGGUCUUACGAGAGUCUGGGGAACUGAGCUGGGACACAAGUACGGCAUCACGGUCAACGCAGUCAAUCCAGGCCCAGUGGACACGGAUAUGUAUCAAGCAGCCGGACCGGUGCAUCUGGCUCGUAUGGAGGAGCAGAACAAGAAGGUUCCUGCCGGACAGCGAUGUGGAACAGUGCAGGAUAUCGGGGAUAUCAUCACUUUUCUGGCAGAGGAGAGAUCGCGAUGGGUGACGGGAGAUGUGAUUUGUGCAAAUGGAGGGAUGCUAUAUACUUGA